CUGAACCAAAGUUGUUAAAUACAUUCACAAAUCACAACACAAAUUCCAAUUCCGAAAAAGUUCCUAAAUUUACCGUUCCAGUCCUAAUUUAAUCCAAAUUCACCAUUCCAGUCACCAAAUCCCACGCCACUCUUUCCCUUUACCCCCCAAAAUAUUUUUCCCAGAUAUCCCUAAAUUCUCUUUCUCCUCCUCCCUCUUCCCCCAAAAUUUUCUCUUUCCCUCUCCCCAAAAACAACACACAAUUUCACACACCCACAAGAACUAAACACACCAAAGCUCAAAUCUUUUUUCUUAUUAUUACCCAUCAUUAUUUCAAGAUUAUUACCCAUGUUCCAUUUUCUUGGAUGAUGCUUUCCUUUUCUUACAGUAGCAGUAGCAGGAACCUCUUCCUAGAUAUUGCAGCUGUCGAUAAUAUUUCAAAAUUUUCUUGGCCAAAACCCCAACUUUUGUUCAAUGCAACCCCACGAUCUCCACCUGUAAACCCUCCCUAGACAAUCCCUUCUCCGAUCCCCCUCACUAUCAUGUCCGACCCACAGCCCUCCUCGAUCCAACACGAUACAAACAAUACCCACUCGGAAAACAAAGCUGAAAACAACUAUAACAACAGUAAUAGUAAUAGUAAUGCUAAUAACAGUAGUAGUAAUAAUAAUAUAGUUGUCAGGAGAGAGAGACCGGCGAGGGAGUGUACGAAAAGGGCAGCGGCGAGGUUACAGGCGGCAGCAGCGGCGGAGGCGGAGGCUGCUGCUGCAGUGAGGAAGAAAAAGUCUGGAGUUAGGAAAGAAAGGUUAGCGGCUAGGUUAUUGAGGGAGGAGGAGGAUGAGGAGGAAAAGUUUCUAGAAGGUGAUAAUGAUGACGAGGAAGGCGAAGAAGAUGGGUCGCCGUCUUCGUCGAGGCAACAAUGCAGCAAGAUUGUGACACAGCUUGUGGGAGAGCCCGAGCCUUCGCAGUUGCCACGGUGGAACCUGCGGUCCAUGUGGCAGUUAGCUUCCAUAUUGAAUUUCUUGAAUGUUUUUAGGCCUUUGUUGAAUAUUAGAGUGGAGUUCUCAGCGGAGGAAUUUGAAACAGCAUUGAUUACUCCAAAUGACACACUUGGUGAUAUACAUAUGCCAUUGCUAAAGGCAAUUCCGCCAGUUACCCGAGUGGCACUUGGACACAAUACAUGGAUUACGGUUUUGUGCAGGAAAUUAAGAGAUUGGUGGCAUUGGGUUGCUGAAGGGGAACUACCUAUAGUUGCGUCACAUGGGGCUGAAAUUGAAGCUUAUAAUGCACUAGAUCCUGCAGUCCGGGUGGUGAUUUUGAAAGCACUAUGUGAUAUUCGUGUUGAGCAAGAAGAUAUUCGUAACUACAUAGACGACUCCUUGAAACAAGGUGUUCGCCUUUCACUUUUCCGAAAAGAACGUAUUGGCGGUGAUUCUCAUGGAAUUUCGUACUGGUAUGAGGAUGAUCCUGUCAUUGGGCAUCGAUUGUACCGAGAGAUUAGAAAGGUUGAAGUCAAGAAAGGGAAGGGCAAGAAUGUUCCGGCAAUACCUCACUCAUGUUACCAGUGGGAAACUGUUGCAACUAAUUUCGAUGAAUUCGGGGAUGUUUCGGAGAAGCUAUUCUCGAGUAAAAAUAGAACGGAGGCUUCUGUUGGAAAGAAGUUGAAAAAUGACAUGCUUCCUGAGGUUGAGAGGAUCCACAAGAGGAAAGAGAAAUUGCUGAAGAAACAACAUAGACAGGCCUUGAUGCUUGAUAACAUGCUAAAUAUGGAUGGUCUUGGUGGUGGACGCGCAUUGCGGGGUAGGAAGCCUGUGACCUACACAUUUGAUGAUUACGAUCGGUCAAUUAAUGAGGCUAUCAAGCUAACCAAGAAGAAUCAACCAUCCCCAGAACCUACUUUGAGGAGAGAAGCUGCUACGAAGCAUGAAACUUCUACAAAUGGUAGAUUGGGUAGUCCACCACACUUGUCUCAACAUGUGUCUUUCAGAGUGCGUUCUCCUAAAUCACCUGAAUACGAUGAAUAUGACGAAGACAAUGAAGAUGAACUAUUAGAUCGAAGCAAUCGUAGGAGGCAGAGACCCCAACGCUAUUCUGCAUCAGAGUUUGUUGAAGCAAUAUCUGAAAAUGAGGCAGAUCUUGACAGUGAUGAUGAUAUAAUGGGUGAAGCAGUAUAUGAUGAAGAAUAUUUAAGGAAACGAAAACAUCGGAAGGUGUCAAGUAGCUCGGAAGGAGAUGAUGAGUACAACUGGGAUGAAGAAAAUCCUGAAGAUGAAGAAGAGGAGGAUGAAGAUGAAGCAGAUUCCCUAAGUGCCAGUGACGAGAGCGAUGAGCCACGGAGAUUUAAGAAACUGCCCGGUCGUACAAGAAGAGAAACCAAGUUGAGGUCAGUGGGCAACCUUCAGUCAGGUUUAAGACGCAGUAACAGGGCAACCAGAAACCGUAUCAAUUAUAGCCAUUUAGAGCUGUCAGAAUCUGAGACCGAGUCAAUGAAACCUGAGAAGUCAAAUGGAUCCGAAGAGCAAUAUGAUGCAAGUGAUAAUGCUGAGUUCUCGAUGGGAAGUGAAAACACAGAGGAAAACUAUGACAAUCAGGAGGUGAAAACUGAGCAACCUGUUGAUGUACCAUCUGAGAUGGAAACAACAGAUCAAAACAAUGUACCAAAGAGAACAAGCAGUCCAGAUCAAGAUGAUGUUGAAAGUGGAGGGAAAAGGCGCUUUCUUGAUCUUAAUGAGCUUGCCCCAGGUUCUGGAUUUGAUGAUGGUCCCAAUUCAGUGAUGAAAGAUGAUGGUCCAGAUGACUUUUGACGUUUUGCUCUGAGAUCCUGUUGCUUGUAGUUUGGUCUUGCAAGCUGAUUAUCUGAUAGUUAACUCUGGAAUUUUUUUGGUCCGCUCCACGAUGGAAGCAAGGAGUUUCCCCCUGGUGAAUUUUGGCAACUGUGACGCAAUUAGUUUACCCCAAGGGGAGCUUAAUCAGAACUGAGAAAAUUGUGUAGAUUGAGUAGUCAAUUUUUUAGCAUUUCUACAUUCACCUAUGAAAAAUGGUGGGGGAAUUUGGAGAAGAGUUCUCUUUCUUGUUCGCUGUACAAUAACAUUAUAACUAAUACUGUAACAGAAAUAUCACUUCUAGAUGUUUAGAAUCAUUAAUUUAGUGAGGUGCUUGGUAUCAUUUCUCUCCGCAGUCGCUCAGUUCGGAUGUUGAGCCUGCUGAUAGUAUGACUGAAUUCCAGCAAGUUUGUAAUGCUUGUCCCGGUAAUGUUCUCCAAUUUUGGGUUUGUGCUACUAAAGCAGUUUGAUAAUCUUAUAUGUCCCACGCCGGCGCACCAGUAAUGUCAAAUA